CACCCCGGGCUCGACACCUCAGAGUGCGCACAGAAGAUCAGAGACAGACAGAUCAUCUCGAAUCCUCAAGUUUUUCUUUCUGGAUCGUCAUUUGCGUUUCAACUGGAGAAACUUUUGAGAAAAGAUCGAAGCUUUAUUCAUUUCUACGAACGAAUCAUCCUUUUCAGGAAUCCCUUGUAAACAAUUUUUAUUUAACAUGGCACCAAGAAAAGCACCAGCGAUUGGAAUUGAUUUGGGUACCACUUAUUCUUGUGUUGGAGUAUUUCAGAAUGGAAAGGUGGAGAUCAUUGCUAACGAUCAAGGAAAUCGGACCACACCCAGCUAUGUCGCCUUCACAGAUACAGAAAGAUUGAUUGGAGAUGCAGCUAAGAAUCAAGUGGCAAUGAAUCCUACAAAUACAAUCUUUGAUGCAAAGCGCUUGAUCGGGAGACGGUUCACGGAUGAGAAAGUCCAGGCUGACAUGAAGCAUUGGCCUUUCACCGUCACCAACAAAGGAGGCAAGCCGAUGCUGCAGGCCGAGUACAUGGGAGAGAACAAGACUAUGGCACCAGAAGAAAUCAGCUCUAUGGUUCUUGUUAAGAUGAAGGAGACCGCCGAGGCGUAUCUUGGUCAGAAGAUCACCGAUGCCGUCGUCACCGUUCCUGCUUAUUUCAACGAUGCCCAGCGACAGGCAACGAAAGACGCAGGAGUGAUUGCAGGUCUCAACGUCCUGAGAAUCAUCAACGAGCCAACCGCUGCAGCUCUGGCCUAUGGUCUUGAUAAGAAGCUGAAGGGAGAGCAGCACGUCCUCAUCUUCGACCUUGGUGGUGGAACAUUCGAUGUCUCUAUCCUCGCUAUUGAUGACGGGAUCUUUGAGGUUAAAUCUACGGCCGGGGACACUCAUCUUGGAGGAGAAGACUUCGAUAACAGACUUGUCCAUCAUCUUGCUGAAGAAUUCAAGCGGAAGCACAAAAAGGAUCUUAAGACCAACCCAAGAUCUCUUCGCCGCCUCCGCACAGCAGCAGAACGGGCCAAGAGAACCCUCUCCAGCAGUGCUCAAGCCAACUUGGAAGUUGACUCACUAUAUGAAGGCAUCGACUUCUACACCAGCAUCAGCAGAGCUCGAUUUGAGGAACUCUGUUCUGAUCUCUUCAAAAAGUGUCUCGAGCCAGUAGAAAGAGCCCUCGUCGAUGCUAAACUCGACAAGAGGAAUAUUGACACAGUGGUACUUGUUGGUGGAUCAACGCGAAUCCCAAAGAUCCAGAAGCUUCUUCAGGAGUACCUCAAUGGGAAAGAGCUGAACAAAUCCAUCAAUCCAGAUGAAGCUGUGGCCUAUGGAGCUGCUGUCCAAGCUGCGAUCUUAUCUGGAGACCAGAGCGAAGAAAUCAAGGAGGUUCUUCUUGUUGACGUGGCUCCUCUGUCUCUCGGCAUCGAAACAGCAGGAGGUGUGAUGACGAACCUCAUUGACAGGAACACGAGGAUCCCUACAAAGGCUGCAAAGACUUUCACCACGUAUGCUGACCAACAGCCAGCCGUCACUAUCCAAGUGUUCGAAGGUGAAAGGGCAAUGACCAAAGACAACAACCGACUUGCCCAGUUUGAGCUCUCCGGCAUUCCUCCUGCGCCACGAGGCGUACCGCAAAUCGAGGUUUCUUUUGAGAUCGACGCCAACGGCAUCAUGAACGUCGCCGCCAAGGAUCAAAGCACUGGUCGCAGCAACAAGGUCACCAUCACCAACGACAGUGGAAGGCUCUCGAAAGACGACAUCGAUCGUAUGGUCAACGAUGCCGAGAGAUUCAAGGCGGAGGAUGAUGCUCUGCGUGAACGAAUCGCCGUCAGGAACCAACUCGAGAGCUACGCCUUCAAUGUCAAGUCUGCCGUCAACGACCCAUCAGCCGAUUCCAAGCUCAGUCCCAAUGACAAGGAUAUUGUGAUCAAAGCGGUUGAUGAUGUCAUCAGUUGGAUGGAAAACAACACUCUAGCAGACAAGGAAGAGUUGUCCUACAAACUCGAGGAGCUGCAGAAGACAUGUUCUCCGAUCAUGUCUAAGUUGCACGCCGGACCUCAGGGACCUCAUGCAUCGUCAUCGAGCGGCGGAGGACCCACCGUUGACGAGAUGGAUUAAGCUUCUUUAUUCACAUAAACAAUUACUGCAUAUUGCCGAUUUUUAUCUUUUAUAAUUUUCGAGGUAAACAAGAGACACAGACAGAACACUUUUAUAGUAGAUCUCUUUUAAAAUAUCUUCACAGUUUUUUCACCGUCAAAUCGACGGAAUAUGAAUAUUUACAUGCAUGAUUUUGCUAACAUUGCGUCUUAUAGCUCAGAUGGUUUUAUAUUGACAUCGUAAACAUAACGUCAUUCUUUAGUCAUACUAAAUGUUGAUCUAUUAUUGUUAGAUUUUUACUUUAAUAUCGCGUAGAAAAGAAACGCACGAUUAUACAAAAGAUAUGUUUUUUUCAAAUAAUUGAGUUCUCGAGACAAAAGUUUGUCUUCAUUAUUUUGUCACUGUCAAAUUGAAGGGAUUUCAAGAAACUUUUCUUAUCGUAAACACAACUUUGUCAUUGUAGGCCUUCAAAUUGCAAAAAUAGUGUUAAAAUCUGUUAGCACAAUUUUUCUAAACACACAUACUAGGCCUAUUUACAAAAAAGAGUUAUAAAUUAUAAUUUUGUUUGACUUUCUUUAAUGGAGUAUACCGACAUAAAGACGGCCAUUUCAUUUUAUCAAGAGAGCCAGUGAGUUUUUGGUGUUUUUUUCGGUUUUUUCAAUAAUGCUGCUGUCAAACUGACUAAAUUUCAACUGCCCGUUUCUUAUGUUUAUUAUGAUAUAGAUUUUCUUGAUAUCAUUAUAUCCAUAUUUACACAAGAAGGACGUAAAGGAAAUAAGAUAUGUUACUGAAUAUAAUGUUGAUUUAAACAUUUCAUAUUGCAAAAGAUAAAUUGAAAAUAUGUAGUUAUGUAAAAUGCAAAUGGAGAGAUGCUACGAACUAUAUAUUCUUUUGUUAUUUCAAAUUGCAUUUUUAGUUUUCGUUUUGAAAGGUCAUUCGCAAUAAAACAUUAUUGGUGAUAACUUAAUGGUGAUAAUUUGUAAACAUCUUCAAUAGUGCACCAUUGAAUGCAUGUUACCAUUUUUUUGUUCAAACAUUGAAAUGCCUAUAAUAUCUUUCUUUUUCGGAAUGAAGUAUAAUGGCCAGCGAUACUUUGUUAAAUUUCUUACAAACAAUGUUUUGUAUCGCUCUCUUUAACUUAUUCAGAAUUCUUUCGCGCUGUGCAACACCAGCAUUCUCAUCAGUGCACUCUUGUAGAUGAUGACUUUGUGUUAAAAUCCUAGUUGCAUUCAAUUAUUAUAAUGCAACGUGUUGUCAAUUACUUGUAUAAGAUCAAUUUAAAUGCUUCAAACCCUUCAAAUGCUUUUUCUUUUGUCAUGCACUCAUGAAAAUCGUCAGAGAAGAACAACAGGUCGUUUGUGUUGCAAUUUCAGUGCCAUUCUCUAAUUUGUUAUCUUGAUAAUCCUUGUCAUAAACCUGUCAUUUAAACGCAUUUUUUAAAUACAUGUCGAUAACCUUUAGGGAGAUGUCCUUACAAAUUUCUGAGAUCCAGGAAAGGGGAUUGAACUGCCGUAGACCAUCCGGCAUUCUUACAAUACUUAUAAGUCCACAAACACUCAUUGUGUUUCUUCUUUAAAGACGCUUCUUUUCUCGCUCCAAAAUCAGCUCUCUCUUAAUUAACGACAUUGCCCAUUCUCCUUUCACUCUCUUCCUUUUCUUUAGUUUACUAUUUUUCACUGCAGGUAGAUACUUCCAAGGCGGUGCAUUGGCCAACAGAGCCUUUUGUACUUUAUAGUAUAUCUCUCAGUGACGAUCCUGAUACCUCCGUCUCUGUAUCCACUUGACUGCACACACACGCACAUGCACUCACUCCCAACACACAUCCCUCAACAUGAUAAACAACACAGAUGAAUUCAAUAAUGAAAAUAAAUAUUACACAGUAGCAGAAUUUAAUAACUCAUUUUCGAAAACAAACAGCUUUAGCAUUUUACAUAUCAACUCAAGAAGCCUCAGCAAAAAUUUUGAAUAUCUUCAACACUUGCUUUGUGCCAUCAAUUCAGUUCAAUUUUCAGUUAUUGGUGUCAGUGAAACCUGGUUCAAUAAAAAUUCUCCUCCAUUAUUUAACUUACCAAAUUAUUCUUUGAUUAGAGCUGACCGUGUAGGAAGGAGAGGGGGUGGUGUUGCCUUUUACGUUUCCGACAAUUUGAAAUUCCGUACUCGAAAUGACAUAAUAUUUGAGCGAACUGAAACAUUGUUUAUUGAGAUUGACAUACCUAAGAGUAAAAAUAUUAUUAUUGGCUUAAUAUACAAACCUCCCAAUGUUGAAUUUGACAUAUUUUAUCAAAAUCUGGAGCAAUGUCUUGAUAAACUUUCUACAGAGAAUAAACAUAUUUAUUUCAUGGGUGAUUUUAAUACAAAUUUUCUGAAUAUAAAUAAUUCUAAUACCGAAAGAUUUCUUCAAUUAACUAAUUCUUAUGCUUUUUCCUCACAUAUAAAUAAACCCACAAGAAUAACUGCAGCUUCUGCGACUUUGAUAGAUAACAUUUUUUCUAAUAUUCAUAAUGAAACAAUCAUCGGCGGUUUACUUUAUUCAGAAGUAUCAGACCAUUUGCCAAUAUUCACGAUAUCCGAAACCAAUUCAUCUAAAAAUAAAUCAACAAUACCUCCCCGCUAUAGAUUAGAAACUCCCAGAAAAAUUGAAUCUUUCAAACGGGACCUUUUUGAAGAAAAUUGGAGUGAUAUUUACAAUGAAAAUAAUGUGCAUAUUGCUUAUGAGAAAUUUAACAAUAAAUUACAAUUUUAUUACGAUAAAAAUUUUCCACUUGUGAGGAAGCGUCAAAAUUCCCGGGAGGCCAAAAACCCGUGGAUCACAAAAGGGAUUCUAAAAUCAAUACAUACUCGAAACAGUCUUUACAAAUUACAUUUAAAGAAACCAUCACCCAUAAACGUGCAAAAAUAUAGGAAAUAUCGGAACAAACUUACAAAUUUAAUAAGAUUAUCUCGCAAGAUGUAUUACUCAGACAAAUUAACUAAAGUUAGCGCUAAUUCAAAGGCGACAUGGCGGGUUAUAAAUGAGAUUAUCGGAAAAAAUAAAACUGAAUUACCUAAAGAUGGACUAACUUUAAACGGUGAUAAAAUCGCAGAUAAUUCCACUUAUGCUUCACAAUUCAAUUCUUUUUUUAGUAACAUCGGCCCCCAACUAGCAAAUAAGAUAGGUAGUUGCAACAAUGCACAUUUUACUGAUUUUAUUUCAACGCCAUUCGAAAAUUCUAUUUUUCUCAAUCCUACCAACCCCACUGAACUCAUUAACAUUACGAAAUCCUUAAACUCUAGUAAGUCACAAGGACAUGAUAGGAUAAGUACAUCUAUGCUUAAAGAAAUUAUUCAUGCUAUUGUUGAUCCUUUAACUUAUAUUUUUAAUCAAUCUAUAUCAUCAGGUGUUUGUCCGAACCUACUCAAAAUUGCAAAAGUUACCCCGAUCUACAAAAAAGAUGAUCCUCAUGAAAUAAGUAAUUACCGCCCAAUUUCUAUACUUUGUAGUAUAUCCAAAAUCUUAGAAAAAAUAAUAUACACACGAUUGUACAAAUUUUUAAACUUACAUAAUUUAUUGAAUCAAAAUCAAUAUGGUUUUAGGAAAAAUCACUCUACAGAUUUAGCGCUAGUAAAUAUUUACGACAAAAUUACUAAAGCGAUGGCUGAUAAAGAACAUGUUAUUGGAAUAUUUUUGGACCUAAGCAAAGCUUUUGAUACACUUAAUCACAAAAUAUUACUUCACAAACUACAUUUAUACGGAAUACGUGGAAAUGCACACAGAUGGUUAGAAAAUUAUUUAUCAAACAGACAACAAUAUGUUACAUUUAAUGGAAUAGAUUCAACCUUUAAAACUAUCGAAUGCGGUGUGCCUCAGGGGUCAAUUUUGGGGCCGCUCCUCUUCCUAUUAUAUGUCAAUGAUAUAUCAAAUACUUCGGCCUUAUUAUCGUUUAUCCUCUUUGCAGAUGAUACUAAUAUUUUUUAUGCUCACACAGAACUAGAAACUGUAAUAUCUACUUUAAAUGUUGAAUUAUGUAAAGUAUCUACUUGGUUCAAAUGCAACAAAUUAUCCUUAAAUAUAAACAAAACACAUUUUAUGCACUUUAAGCAUUACAAUACACAUGCUGUUAACAAUACAAUAACGAUAAAUAUUGAUAACGUAUCUCUACAGCAAAAACAACAUUCAAAGUUUCUAGGGGUAACUAUUGAUGAAAAUUUAUCCUGGAAUAAUCAUUUAAGCCAAGUCACAACUUCCGUGUCCAAAGGUGUUGGAAUAAUUUCCAAAUUAAAAUACAUAUUACCUGAAAAAACUCUCUUUUUACUUUAUAAUGUUUUGGUGCUUCCUCACAUAUCAUAUUGUAAUAUAGUUUGGGGUAAUUGUGGUAAAACGAAACUUAAUCCGAUUUUCUUAUUACAAAAAAGAGCAGUCCGUAUUUGCACAGGAUCACAAUAUCUUGCUAGAUCCAAUCCUUUAUUUUUUAAAUUAAAAACAUUAAAAAUUUCAGAUAUAAAUACAUUUCAUGCUGCUAUAUUCAUGUUCAAAUACAAAAAGGGAUUACUUCCCCCUUCCUUUCAAAAUAUGUUCACCCUGAACAACACCAUCCAUUCUUAUCCAACACGAAACUCCACAAACUUUCAUUUAACAAAUCCAAAACUAAUAAUAACACACAAAUCAAUUAGACAUUACGGUGCGGAUUUGUGGAAUGAUUUAUCACAUGACAUUAAGCUAUGCACAUCACUUUAUUCAUUCAAAGCUGUUCUGAAAAAAAAUACGCUGUCAAGCUAUAAUUUCUAAAAUCUUUCUGUGUACCCAAACAACUGAUAAUCCCCCCCCCCCUUGCACAUGCACACUCGCACACCUGCACUUGCACUUUCACUUUUAUCAACGUUAUUAAUCUUAUCUCAAUCAAAUUUCUCUUCUCUAUCCACUUUUGAUAUAUUCCUAUUAUUUUGUGCAAUAAAAGAUAGUCUCUUUUAUUGCACUAUACAGUCUGGUUUUCUAUCCCCUUUCCUUUCGAGGCCUCCAUCGCUUUCAAGCUCCAAGCUUAAGAUGGAGGUCUCCCACAUUUCUAUAUAUAUGUUCAGUAAUUAAAGAAAAUGUAUAUAGAUAUAUAAUUUCACAGUACAGUUGAUAUUUUAUAAUGAUUUAUGUGCAUUAUUCAUUAUGUUUAAAAAAAAAUUUGCUUAUUAUGUAAUAUUGAAAAAAAAAUGUUAUACUUGUAUAUUCUUUGUUUUUUGUUUAGAAAUGUGGAAAUAAAAUAAAUCAAAUCAAAUUAUCAUUGUUCAAUAGACAGAAAUAUUUUCAGGCGAUAUUCAUAUCGUUGAUCAUCUAGACUGUGUCAUGCACAGCUCCAAAGGGAUUGGUAUGUUUAUUAAAAAAUAAGACAUUUGAAGUAUAAUUAUAGAUAAUUAAGCAUUCUUGUUGUUCGCAAAGGAAUUGAUGUGAUUAUUUUGGAAGUUUAGUGUAUAUGUUGAUGUUUAAAAUAAGAUAUUGGAAGUAGAUCAUUGAGCAAUCUUGUUGUUUGCAAAGGGUUUGAUACUUAUAAUUGUGUUUGAAGUUUAUUUGUAUGUUAAAAAACAAGAUAUAGAUCAUUAAGCAUUCUUCUUGUUUGCAAAGGGAUGGAUAUGAUUAUAUUUUUGGAAGUCUAUUGUAUGUUAAUGUUAAAAAAGCAAGAUAAUUAUUGGAAGCAUAUAAAUCAUUUUAAAAGAGACUUUUCCUAUCGUGUACAAACUUCACGAGAUUAUUUACUUACUUGAUAUUCAUUCUGAUUUUUUUUUCGACAUCGCAAAUAUUAAACUUUAUUUUUAUUAAAAGAUGUGCUUAAAUGUUGAUCAGAAUAUAACUGUUAGUUGUUGACUUGAUGAAGCUAAAUGGAACAAUAAUUGUUUCAUCAAAGCUUACAAUGGGUAUUUGUUCAAGAUUUUGGUUGAACAUUGUUUUUCUAUAAUAAGUAUCAUAAAAAUUUAUGUGAGUUUUAAGAACUUGGACUACAUGUAUUAUCUUUAUGUUAAAGCCAGAAUAUAUAUUUUCAUAUGCCAUUUUCACUGCUUUGUAAAGCUAGAAUGUGUCAACGCACUCUAAACGUAUCGUACGUAAGUGUUAAACGUAAACGUAUUAUUGUACAUUUCAGAUUUAUUUUUCGGUUAAUUUGUAUACUUUUGAAAAGUUUGUAUUCAUUCCGUUGUGGUGCUUUUGCCAAAGAGUUCAGGAGUUGAAAUAAAGUAAAAACAAAAUAAUAA